GUCAAAGCGCCAGAACCGAAAGUUAUGAGGGGUUAUGGUUUUCAGGCUUGACCCAUGUGGUGUAGCAUGUGUCUUGAUAACUCACUUACUUGUAUUAUACUCGGAUUAUGUUGUGGUAUUUUACUUGGUGCUUCCGGUUCUCAAAAACAGCUUUUGGGCUAUUCUAAAUACGAUAUGCUUUAAUAUAGUGGCUUCUUUACUAUUAUUUUCUCAUAUAUGUGCUGCCGUAACGGAUCCAGGACUGAUACCUUUGCAUCGGUAUACUGCUGAUCAGUUAGCUAGUGUUCAGUUUGUCGUGUGUUUAUCAAACUUUAUGGCUUUCAGAAUACAGAAUGCUAUAAAAACCCAUUCAGCUUUGUCUACUUAUUGUAAACGGAAACCUGAUGGAUGGACCACUUGUAAUAAAUGUGGAAUACAUAGGCCACCGAGAGCUCAUCAUUGCAGAAUUUGUCGACGAUGUGUAAGACGAAUGGAUCACCAUUGUCCCUGGAUUAAUAAUUGUGUUGGUGAAUGUAAUCAAAAGUAUUUUAUUCAAUUUUUAAUUUAUGUCGGCAUUCUUUGUGUAUAUGCUCUGAUACUGGUACUUAUAUGUCGUGCUAUGAUCUCUGCCGGUUUAAAAGAAGAUGUAUCUAAUGCAGAUGUUGUAGUUGUCGCUCAUACAAUUAUACUUGUAGCAAUCUCCUGUCUAUUUGGAUUAUUUAUUUUAGCUAUUCUAUCAGAUCAGUACAAGUCGAUUGUUGAAGAUACAACAGCAGUUGAAGCUUGGAUAUCGGGUAAUAUUCCACAUUCUUCAUCCGAUACAGAAGCUUAUCCAGAUGGCAACGGCAACGGUGGUGUUGUUGGUGGAGGAUUUCGUCGUAAAUUAUCUAAGUUAACUCUGUUUCGUGAGGUUUUUGGAAGUGGUCCAUUUUAUUCUUGGCUAUUACCAUGUUCAUAUCUUUUCAAGCCUUAUCCAAAAUACUAUACUGCUUUAUCUAAUAUUAUUAAUGAUGUAAAUUACCCUGUCAAUAGUUGUACUACUACUACUACUAAUAAUAAUAAUGAUAGUAAUCUUCCAAUCAAUCAACAUCAUCAUCAUCACCAUGGAAUUGAUAAGAAAUCAACAUCAAUCACUAAUAUUUCUUCAUCAUCAUCUCCUAUAGUUACUAUUGAAACAGAUAGUAUUUCUUCAUCUUCCAGUUCUUCAAACAAUCAUUAUUAAUCUUCUUUCUUCUCUUACCAAAUUUAUUUCAUUGAGUUUGUACUCCUUUGAAUAACAUCUUCAAACCCCUAAUCUUUCACAUUAAUGCUUAUACUCUUACUACUUCUACCACUAUGGGAUUUGAACCGACAAUUGCAUCUCGAACUGAUGUACGUACGUACGAAGUUCUACGUUGUGACUAACCGACUGACUAUUAAUGAAAUUAUCAUGAAAUUGAUUGGUGAAAUUCAAUUUAUGUAUACCCAUUCACUGUUCAUCUAUCGGUAAAUGAUGUUUGUAUUAUUUCUUUUCUUUUCCUUUUUUUCUUUUCUUCUUUGUUUAAUCGUUUUUCUUGUUUUUUCUUCUUCUUUUGAAUUGAUUCAUUGUUUAAGUUGUUUUUUCUUUCAUUGCUUAGUUCAAUGUUGUUUAAAAGAUUAUAGGUUCUGCUGAAUUGACAUGUUAUUUUUCUAAACAUAAUAAUAGUAUUGAUAUUACUGAUACUGAUACACAUAUACGCAGAAUGAUAUAAUUCCUUCAUGUGAAUAGAUUGUUUGUACUGUCAACUAUCUUUGGCUUGUUCUUCAUGUGUGUGUGUGUGUGUAGAUAGAUAGAUAGAUAGAGAUUACCCCAUAGAUUUGUAAUGAAUGAGAUCAGUUAGUUUGUUUGAAAUAAUCUUUAGCUUGAUAUCAAAGAUCAUGAUGAUUCUGUUAUCAUUUCAGCAUUUAAUGUUUUCAAGCUCAUGUGUAUAUGUAUACUUGAAUAGCUUGUGUUGGGAUAUAAUCAAUAAUUAUCUAUCAAUCUAUUCACCAAUCUUUCUUAAACUUCAUCAAUUUAAUAAUUUGUGCCUACUUAAAUGAUGUUAGUAACUAUUCAUUUAUUGAUUUGUGUAUGUGCGUGUGUGUGUAUGUAUCUAUGUACUUCAUAUUGAUUACUUUUGAUUAUCAUUUUAAUUUUUUCUUUCUUUUUUUUGUUUACUUUAUUUUUUACUUAUUUUUUUGGUAUGUUGUGUUGUUUUUUUUUCUACAACACUGAUAUAUGUACUUUCAAUUUUACCACAUUUUUGCACACACCUCAUUUUUUUAUUUUUUGUAUACAAAGAUUGUAUUAUAUAAUAUCUAUAUAACCUUACAGUGAUCUGAUUAUAUCCGUUUUCAGAAUACUGAUGAUGAUGGUGAUGUGUAACAGUGUAGUAUGGAUUACUGAUAUCCACAUAAGUAGUAUAUAACGAUGGUCGGGCAUUGAAUGUAUUUCAGUAGAAGAUCAAUAAGGACAAAACUGGGACGACGCGCAAUUGGUAUGAAAAUGAAUGAAAAAUCAAACCAGAGAAGAUGAAUUAAUAUUUACAGAAGAAAAAGUGAAGAUUGAGACAGUUGAUUGUUAUUUUGCAAAUUAACUAUACACUAUAUGGUUCUCAUAUUUUGUGCUAAAAUACAUUCGUUUGUCCCCCCCCCCAAUUCGUGUUCUUGUUCACUGCGACAGUAGUUUUGUAUUAUGAGAACAAUAAAAAAAGUAUUAUUUAGUAUUG